AUGGCUCCAGUUGCAGUCAGCAACGUCAAUCACCCAACCCAUACCCUCAGCUUGAAGCGGGUCGCUUCGUCCAACAUCACCUUUGCUCCCGCCAGCGAGCCGUAUCAACGUCGAUUGAAACUGAUAGAGAGCGACACGGAUGAGUCAGAGAUCACGUUCCCGCUUGUCCUAAGGCCCGUUCACCACGGCAGCGAUCUGACAACAGAGCAGAUUGUAGAGGCGGUCAAGCCACUCGCCCCAGUCGCUUCAGCUGAUUACAAACCUUCCAAGCUGCAACAGCUGAUGGACGCCCAUGGCGGCGCAGUUCAUUUCAAAGGAUUGCCCAUUCGCGAUGCCGAUGAUUUCAGCAAGUUCAUGCAUGCUCUAGCCGGAACGCUACCACCUGGCGCCGACGCUGGCGAUAAAAACAAUCUCCUCGUUCACCAUGUGGACAAGGGUCUCAUGGUCAUUCGCCACACCAUGGCGCCCAAUGUGGCCACCGCCAACGAAGGGCCACCACACCAGUCCAUUGGAUCGCACAACGAGUAUGGCCUCUCGACCCACUACCCCUCCAUCAUUGCCUUCUGCUGCCUCUCCGCCCCCACAUCCGGCGGUCAGACGCCCAUUGUUAACAGCCUUGCGCUGUACGAUCGGCUUAAGUCAACUGUUCCAGGCUACAUCGAAAAGAUCCAGAGGCGCGGGCUGACAUUCGUCAUCCACCAUCCAGUAGCAAAGGUGCAGGGUAGUGUGCAGGGCAACAGCCUUUACAAUGCCGAUUCGUUCGGUCCUACUCCAGAGUCCAAGGUGGACUUGAGCAGUUUGAGCGACGAGCAAAAACGGAAGCUCGUGGAGGAGAAUAUCCUCGAGCUUGCACGUGAAGGUGGAUGGAACGUUGCUGUCGCUGGUGAUGCUACAGGGGAAAGCGAUGGAACACGGUUGGGAGCAUGGCACCAAAGAGGAUUCUCGUGGACAUGGCUGCCCGAUGGAUCCAUCAACGUCUUUCAGCGCGUCCCAGGUAUCCGUAUCCACCCAACGCUCCAGAAACCUGCCUACUUCAACAAUGUCGGCAACCGAUACGCUUACGCAAAACAACACGCAUGUCUACAUCCCCCGCACUACUCGGAAAAAAUGAAGGACUUCUUCCCUCCACCAUCCUUCCCGCUGCCUGCUGGCCAAAGCAACCCAACCGAGGCACCGGAACAAGACGAACCCAUCCCGCUCAACUGGCUCGAAGAAGCUCAUCGUUGGACAGAACGCUUGCAGGCUCACGUUGAGUGGCAACAGGGCGACAUCCUUGUCAUCGACAAUCUUGCAGUGCAGCACGCUAGAACUCCAUGGACAGGCCCACGAAAGCUUGUGGCUAGUCUGUGGGACCAGCGCUCGUAUCUCGACAAAAACGCGCCUAUUCGUUUCUGA